AUGGAUUUGCCUACUUUGGGCGAGUUAGAGGUCCCAGAAAUAAAAAUGACCUCCGUUCCGCUGCUUGCUGCAGCUAUUCACAUGGGAAAAUUCUGCGACAAGCAGUCAAAGGUGCAUCUGUUGGAAUUCAUGCUCUGCAAUCAAGAGCAUCACGAUCCCCGUAAAUGCCUGAAAGAAGGGAAGGAGGUGACAGCUUGUGGCCUUAAAUUUCUAAGCCUUUUGAAAAAAAAUUGCGCCGACCCGUUUACCGAUUAUUAUCAGUGUAUAUACAAGCACGGUGGCCGGACUUUUUCCAUCGAGAAUUGUCGAAAGCUCCAGUACCCGCUGGAUGAAUGUAUAAAAACGAAGAUGGGUCAGGAACGACCCGAACUGGGCUACUUCAACCGUGUUCGCCUCAUUGACACUAACCGUCCCCGACCAGUACCCAAGGCUGCUCCAAUGCCUGAGCGCAUCCCCGAUAUGCCUGACUUUGAUAGUAUGCCAGAUCCGGAGAAUUUGGAAGCCAGGAAGCAUCUGAAUGAGGCCAUGGUGUAA